GGUCUGUAGAGGUUAAAUUGCUAGAUGAGGAAGAGCUUCUCUCAAUUACUAGGACAACACCAACAAUUUGGUAGUCUACCCGAAAAGACAAAUUUACCAAUAGGCAUUAAAAUAGAAGCGUUAGGCCCUGAGGGCCGAGAAAGUUUAAGGCAACAAUUAUUGUAUGGUGAAGAUGAUAAAGAGUUGGAUGAAAUGUUGAAUAAAAUGGAAAGUAUUUCUAGACAGGGAGGAGUCAAACCUCUGCCUUCAGGCGUUCUGGAACCUAUGCUAAACAAAACAGGAUAUGACCCUAGAAGCGCUCCCCAAUUUAUUCAAGGCCGUCCAUUUGAAGUUCGAGUUGGUAUUUUAGUUCAAUCAAUAGCUAAUUUUCAAUUGGCUACAAUGGAUUAUGAUAUGGAUUGUUGGUUAAGAAUGAGUUGGAGAGAUCCUCGUUUGGCAUUAAAUCUGACUACUCCAAUACUUGUUAAUGACGAGAUAUUUUUAAAAAAGAUUUGGCGUCCAGACAUGCAUUUUGUAAAUGCUCGGGAUUCUUUAUUCCACAGAGUUACUCGUCUCAAUUUUUAUGCUUUUGUAUUUCCAAUGAGUGGAAAAGUUUUUCUUGAGGCACGUUUAUAUGUUAAACCAAAAAGUCAAUUAAUCCUUUGUAAAUAUCCACAUGACAGUCAAACACUUCAAUUACGUAUAAGUUCAAUUGCUUCAACAAACGACUCCGUUAGUUUGCGUUGGUUUUCUCGUCAAUCCGAUGCCAUUCGAAUUUAUAAACGUUUACAAUUACCAGAAUUAUAUAUUGCUGGGUUGGAAAAGAAAAAUUGUCAGACUCAAAGGAAAACAGGAAAUUUUUCUUGUCUAGAAGCUCGAUUUUUGAUGAAGAGAAGUAUUGGGUAUCAUCUUUGGCAGACUUAUGUACCUACAGCUACUUGUGUUUUAUUCUCUUGGAUAAGUGUUUGGUUACCCGAAGAAUUUGUUGAAGGACGCGUUUUUGUUGCCCUAACAGUAUUUUUAACGCUUAGCGCAGAAAGUAGUUCAGCAAAGGAGACAUUACCCAAAGUUUCUUAUGUAAAAGCAAUUGAUGUUUGGUUUGGAUUUACUUCUGUUUUUGUUUUUUGUACAAUGUUGCAAGCAUUAAUUGUUAUUGGACUUGAACAUAGAAGCCGUCAAUUGAAAAAAAUUGCAACAGAAGAAGCUACCGAAAUAAGCGCCUAUAAAAUUUCAAUUCUUUUAUCAGAAAGUCAAAUGCAUCAUAGAAAUGCUUUAAGACUUGAUACAUUUUUUAAGGUCAUGUACCCAGUUAUUUUUAUCAUUUUUCUUUUUAUUUAUGUUUUUGUGGUUAUUGAGGGAGAAGAAAAUAAAUGUCUUCAAAAUGAAUUGAAUGAACAAAAUAAUAAACAUGUUGAACUUUAA